AUGCUCGAAUUGCCACCGUCCUCGCCAACGAGGUUCGUGCGGUCCUUGUACGACGUCGACCGCACCAAACCUUCUCCGUUGGGAUGGAAGCGAUGCAGCAAUGCUUCACGUCGCUACGUGCGCAGGAUGGGCCUCGUCGAGUCCUUCUUCAAUACCAUGGCCACACUGCACGAAGGCAGAACCGACAUCUUCUACCGCCUGCCUCUCAGCUGUCCCGCCCACGCAUACGAGCAGGUUGUACGCCGCUUGCCACUUGCAUGGGCGCUGCUGUGCCGUCGUCAUCCUCUUCUCUGCGCUUACGUAGAGACACUGACACCGGACGGAACGUCAUUAGACCCCCACGAGGCAGCUUCAAGACGACACGCCGGUGAAGCAGCACAAGACGGUUCUAGCUCGUUCGAGCCUCAUUUUUUCGUCCAACUUCCCGAGUCAGCUUCUGACUUGCUCGAGCAAGCUUCACGCCGACUCGUCUGGCUGCCCAGUACCUGGAAAGAUGAACUGUGCAUACCAUCGGACGAAACGUCUCCCAGUGAUGCAGCUGUGGCAUGGCUCGAUCAAUAUGUCUGGAACGGCAAGCGGCGCUUCCUCGACCAGCACGCUCCCUUUGGACUGGCCAGACUCAUACUUCUUCCGCCAUCGUCUUCCGACGAACGCAAGGAUCAGGCCAGCUUCGAUUUGAUCUUGUGCACGGCCCACUGUAUCUCGGAUGGUCUCAGCGUUUCGAGCCUCGCAGGCGAAUUGUUACAGCUGCUCGCCUCUCCACACUUGCCCUCCGAAAUGCCUCGACUCGUCAUGGAGCCCGAGACAUCUGCAGAGGUACAGGGUGCAAGUUUGGCUCGCUACAACACGAUAACCGCCGACAUAGAGCGGUGCAUGCUAAGUGGUUCAUCCGAUUCUUCGCAACCAGGCAAUCCGAGCGAGAACGCUGACCAGCUAAAUGAGGCUCACAUCGCCUCGCUGCUGCCCCCGUCAAUAGAGGCCACCUAUCCCGAAUUCUUGCCAACCGCUCUUCCCUCGACAUCCUCAGACGGUUCAUCCACAUCGGCGAGUCGACUCGCGAGAACGCGCUGGUUCUGGAUAAUCCGUCAUGUUAUCUGCCAGCUUCGCGCAGCUCAGGCCGAAAAGGCGGUUCUGUCCGACUUCAGAGCAAAGCGCUCCGACAGGGACGUCAAGGAGCCAUGGUGGGGAGCACAGACGAAAUGGUCGACUGUGCACCUCUCAGCAAAAGACACGCUUGCUCUGACGCAGAUGGCCAAGCGCAAGCGAGUGACGGUGGGUUCCCUGCUCUAUGCAGUCGCUGCGUGCGCGCUUAACACGCUGGAAAGGAAGUACGCCUCCAGCGAAGGUCAGAGCAAACAACCUACAACCACGGUGAUUGGCUUCCCCUAUUCCACACGAAGGUUCCUCGACCCCCGAGCAGCCAUCGACACAUUGCAGCCCGUGGGCGCAUCCGACCCCUUGCUUCCCCCGUCAAGUCUCGGCGUCAAGCUUGGGUUCAGUGGCGCUGUUCUUCCACCAGCAGCGCUCUUCUCGCUCCCAGCAACGACGUCGUCAGAUACCACGGCAGAGUUGAGCGCCUUCCAAGUGGCGCAGCUGUGGCAGACGGCGAGACAGGUGCAGCUGCAGUUCGACGCCAUGUUCAAAGAGCCUCGCUUUAUGCAUGCUGACGGCUUCUUGCUGGGUCUGGAGCGCGAGACACGCUUUCGACAGAACGGAGUCAAGGAUGUCUUUAAGGUGUUCAAGGCUGAAGACGAGGAGAAAGCAGCCGAGGCGGUGGCUAGCCAAGAUGAGCGGCGGCCCGGAUUGACGAAGAAAAACCUGGAUUGGCCCGGAUCGUCGCUCAACUUCAGCAUGGUGGGGCUGCUGGAUCCGGUGAUUCCAUCGAGCCUCGCACUGCCUUUCGAAGGGUCUUCGCGAGGCACAGCUGCCAACCUGGAAGUGCGCCAAGGUCUCAUGUUCGGCGUCCGCAAUAGAGCAGGUGAAGCCUUCGGAACCUCAUUCACUUUCCGCGGACAGCUUACCCUGGAGUUAGGCCACGACACGGUGGUUUGGGAUACUGCAAAGGUGGAAGAGUAUCUGUCAUUGAUGAAGACCAUCGUCGAGGCCAUGGUCGCUUUCGAACUGUAG